AUGGUAAAACUGGGAUUAAGCAACGCUUUCGAGGAUAUUAAACGGUUACAUUUGUUUUCUCGGAAACAGCGUAGCAAGGAGUCACAGAGCCCUGAGUAUUUGUCUCAGGUUGAAGCUAAGGCUUGCUCUGUAGCGUACCCCGAAACGUCAAGCUAUUCUUGGGUUCAUUCAAUCCCCCCUGAGAAAUCUGCUCACGGGUGGGAAUAUGUCAGAAGUUUAGGACCAGCCACGGGGGCUUCGCAGCCGCGGUACAGACCCCAUGCCCCAAGCACACCAUCGCCGCUGUCCCAACACAGCCGGCGUGUCCAACAACCAGUAUUUUUGAGACCGGACCACCGCUCAUCUCCUCGUUCCCCCGCUUCACCUGCCUCCUCAAUCGCAUCGCUUCCACUGAGUGCAGAGACUUGUUCAUAUAUUGAACAAGUUGUCAAGACACAGGUUACACAGAUGAUGAGCAAAAUGGUUGACGAAAAUGCCAGCAGUGGCUCAGACACUAGUUGUGUGGAGACCGAUAUCGAAUGCUUACAGCCGGUUCUUCGUGAACGGCCCCAGCCUAUUUUUUUCCGUCCCGACCAUAGCCCCGCUAGUUCUCAUUCCGGCCACUCCUUAAAUCUUGAUAAAAUGCCGAGUAUUGAGGAGAUCUCAGAUGAUGGAAGUUUUGAUGAUUGUGUGGACAAGCUGAGCGAUGCGGUCGUUCCCUCAACUGACUCUGGCAAGACAACGCCUGAGCCAGAUAUUCCUGAACAAAACUUGAAGCUCCUCAACGUUUCCUCAAUUAACUGGGAUACCAUUGCGCGGACAGCAACCAAAUCUGACGUCGCAAUGAAGCGGCUCUCGAUUCCAGCUUGGAUGGACUCAAGCCGCUGUUUAGAACGUCUCAAGCAGAACCUUGAAGAAACAGGGAACACAGGGCCUCAGGCGAACUCCGUUAAAGUCUAA